GGUGAGUGAACGGGAAGACAAAUUGCUUGCUGAACAGAUGGCUAAGCUCGGUCGCGAAAAUGAGGAGAUCAGUGGUGAUGAAGAUAGUGAAGAGGAGGAAGAUACCGGGAUGGGAGAAAUUGAUGUGGAGAACUCAGGAACUGGAAUUAGAGAGUAAAAAGUGUGGCUUGUAUGAACUUGGAUAACACAUUCUUCACAGAUGCAGAUGCAGAUGCAGAUCCUACAGAAGCUACCUCACCUUUUGUUCUUGUCUUUUUGUAGCCAUAUGCUUACUUACUCUGGCAAUUUCUCUUGACGAGCAUUUUAGUUUUUACAUGAAAUCACUCUUGAUAGUUAUGUUGGUGCGGAUAUUUGAUAAUUCCAAUCGCAUUAGUACAUUUUGCAAUGAGAAUGAACAACUGUACAUCUUGUUCUUUCAAUUCUCCCUCAUAAAUGUAUAUUUGGACUAGUCAGUUUUUGGCA